AAGAUGUCUCUUUCUGAUUUUGAAGUGCUGUCUGUUUAUGAAGAUACAUAUGUGGAGAAUGAAUCCUUCAUAGUUGAUCCAUCAACCAUCGUCUGUCUUCCUGUCGAAAUAAAUCCUGAAUUGUCCUACUGGAUAUUUGCUGGUUACCUACUCAUUUUCCUGAUUGCAAUUCCAGGAAACCUCAUGGUUGCACUUGUGAUUGGGACCAACUACCACUCUCUUGUACCAUCGGACAUUUACCUUUUCCACCUGGCACUGGCUGAUGUGUUCUUCGCUUUAACAAUUCCCUUUUGGGCUAUUAGUGCCAUGAAAGGCUGGGUGUUUGGUAAUGCAAUGUGCAAACUUAUUAGCCUUAUUCAGGAAAUUAAUUUCUACAGCAGUAUCCUCUUUUUGGUAUGCAUUAGCAUUGAUCGUUAUCUGGCCAUUGUUAGGGCUGUAAAAACCAAGAAGAAAAGACAGCCAUUUUGUAGCUGGUUGUUGUGUAUCAUAGUUUGGUUACUCGGGGUCAUCCUUUCUUUGCCAGUUCUUCAUAACAAUGCCUUUAAGCCUUUAAAUUUGACAAAAACUGUCUGCUAUGAGGAAUUUGAUACCCAGACAUCUGACCACUGGCGUUUUUCUAUAAGGAUGCUUCGGCAUGUGUUAGGAUUUCUGUUACCUUUAACAAUCAUGCUGAUCUGCUAUGGAAUCACAGUUUCUCGAUUGCUACAGACUCGCAGCUUUGGAAAACAAAAGGCAAUGAAAGUGAUUGUCUCAGUGGUUUCAGGUUUUCUUUUCUGUUGGAUGCCCUAUCAUAUCACAGUAAUGUUGGACACAGCAAUGCGAGCCGGGUUAUUUUCUUAUACCUGUCAGAAACGCUAUUCUAUUGAUCUAGCCCUUUUGGCCACACAGAGCCUGGGUCUUCUCCACAGUUGUAUUAAUCCUAUUCUGUAUGCCUUUGUGGGGGAGAAGUUUAAACAAAACUUUUUUAAAUUUCUUGUGAAAACUGGCCUGAUAAAACGGAAUGUGCAAUGGAAGUCUAGUCGUUCCAGUUCACAGAACUCAGAUAUUACAUCCACAAUGAUGUGAGGGAAACAUUAACCAUGGCAGAAGAACAGUGGGAUUAUGGACAAUUGAAAACUGAUCCUGUCAGGUACUUGAGGGACUUAAUAACUAAAGAGAAGAGAUUUGACAGCUGUAGUUGUCUAAGAUAUCACUAUCUACCUUGCUCCAAAACCGAAAUGCCCAAUUUUAUUUAAUAGAUGUAUACUAU